AUGCCAUUCAAGUCAGAACUUGAUCUCACCAUCGGCGUCAUCGGAACAAACGUCCCUCGAUCGAGCCCAUGCAUUACUUGGAAAAAUGGACAUAAAACAGUUCUUCCAGCCGUUCAUAAUGAAUUCAUGCUUAAUUUAUGCGACCACGUUGACAUCCCGCUCAUCAGAUACAUGGCUCAAUUAAAUACAUGUGAAUCUACUUCGAACAAUGUCCUACAUCUGUCAGGCGACACGCUUCAGAAUCUUGACGUCAUGGCAAUCGUUUCCGAUGCACUGUCGACAAACCGAUGCGUCAAAGUUACAGGAGUACCGUACGACAAACCUCAAGAUGACAUUACAACCGAUUAUCUCGACGAACAUUUUUCGAUUUCGCCCUUAAGACCUGUUUCUAUUCACGAUACAGAGGCACGAUACAAUGAUCACGCCGAUCCUAUUGUUUUCGGUAACAUCAAGUCCUUUAUCGAAUCAAUAAACGAUCCCACCAAGAUCCAAAGCAUUCUUGAUAUACCGCUGGCCCAGACUGCGUUGCCCAAAUAUCUCAGGCAAAUUCAUCCCCAAAAUUUUACGUCGAAAGGAUGGGGACUGCUGAGCCACGCGGGGUUUUUAUCCUAUCCUCACCAUGAUGCGGAAGGCACCUUGACUUGGAUUAGGAUAGAGAGUGGCAUCAAGUUUUGGGCGAUCUUCCAUUUGAAAGGAGGUAGUAGCGAUCGCAUCCAACUUCAACAUCUCUCCGUUCGUCUUGCAGAUUAUAAUACGCACAAGGAAUGGAUUCUAAAUCACUGUGAUGGCGAGGUUAUUGCGUUACAUCCCGGUGAUAUGCUGAUCCUGCCUCCUGGUAUUGUGCACGCGGUGUAUACACCGGUGCCAUCCUUUUGCACUGGAGGACAUUUCUACAACUAUUCCUGUAUGCACCUUACAGAACUGUCACGCUACGUCGACGCGGAGGUCGCCAGGACGUCCACUAAUCAAGACAUGGAGCAUGCAUUGGAGACGCUGCGUCGAAUGGUAAUCGCACUUCCAUAUCUCUCCGGAAGGAAAGUGUUGCACAAGAGAUCAUUACUAAGCCUUUGCGUCAUGGCUACCAAACGACUACAUUAUCGCGCUCAGGGCGGUAGUAAUGAGUGCGUGGAAGAGACCGAGACCGCAAAACCUUGCGCAGAUAUUGCAGAUAUUGCUUUUAAGUUUCUUGGCGUUUCUAACAGAAAGCGUCCAGGAGAUAUCUUAUAUAAAGGUGAUCAGUUUGAUCCAGGUCAAGUUAUUGAUAGGGUAGCACUCCUUACGCAGUUCAAACUUAAGUUAGACUUAUAG